AUGUUGGCGGCGAGGGGGCUGCGGAAGGCGAACAUCCCUGCCUCUCUAAUCCAGGACCCGUCGCCCGGCAGCCUGCAACCAACCCGGCUCGCUCUACAUGUGAGAAGAACCCUCGUUCUUCCCUGAUCCUGGUCUGUCUCCCCGCUUCUUGGUCUCUUAGUCUUCAUAUCCGCUGUCCUCGCCUCGCCCUCUCCCUUUAGGUUAAUGGCAACGGGUGCGGUACUUCUUGCUCCGUCUAUGUGGCGUCUGGAUGCCGUGUUUACAGAUUCGAGGUGCGUGUUCGUCUCUCUGGCAGCUACGAUAACCCUCGCUUCUCGCUUUACCCCCCUUCGCCUCACCUGGUUCCGCUGAUAGUCUACUUGGAGCACCGAGCACAAGAAGAUGGAGCAUAACUACUACAGACUGCGGGGUAAAAUGGUUCUUGAAGACGAUCAAGAACCAUUUUACCUCGAAAUUAUCUGAUUGAUUUGAAUGGGUCAACUCAUUAGAAUGGAAUGGAGAUCCGAGAAAAACUAGAAAGUCUUCUGGAACGACGGAUUGAUCGCGAGGACAGUUGAAAUCGCCAAUGAGCGGCGAUUUAUAUUCCAUAUCAACACCGGGCAUUCUCCCUAGUCAUUGAAUUACUGUUCUUCGAUAUGCUGGCCCAUGAUUAAAGAGUUUUUGUUGCAGAUAUCAACUGAGGGCGCUUGUCCUGCUGAAGGAAAGGAUAGCCUCAUAGUUCCUGUCCAAACCCAGGCAUGAAUUUUUAUCCCGCGUGAUUAACCAUGAGUUUUAUGAGUUCCCUUUCUUUCUGUUUAUUUACCAAUCUUGCCGUGUUAUUUGAAGAUCAUGCAAUCACAUGCGGUGGAUCGUUGCCCACAUCAUUCGGAAAUUCAGAGUAUAGCACUGGCUGAGGGAGACAGUAAGCACCUUUACUGUAAUUCAGACUUUGUAUAUAUCUUUCGAGCCUAUUGAGGUUAUGGCCUAACACUUCUGCAAUGAUUAUGUAAUAAACGCUCCGAUCAGGCUUCAUCAUACUUGGCGAUGUAGGUAACGUUUUCAAAAUUAUUUAUUCUGAAUUAAAUCAGUGAUUCAAUCCAGGCUCCAUACAUUUGAUGUUGAUAUCUUGUGCUUGUAGUUGGUUCUUUGGAAUUCAGGGCCAAACGAUGAAGUUCAAACAUACUAAUUAUGCCCUUCGAGAAAUAUUUCCUGAAAAUGCUUCUAAAAGUUCUUGGCUACCUGAAGUUGUGAAUAGUUAGAUUAGAUGUGAUACACAACUUGGCCGGUUAGUACGGAUGAGUCGAAAGCCGAUCUUAAAGAUUACAGUCAUUGCCAUUUAAAUCCAUAAUUUGGAAUUUCGUGAUUUUAUGUUGGUUUUUGAUAUGCGCUCAUCUUUAUUUUCAGUGUGUUAUCACUGUAGUGAUGAGAAACAAACUCCUUUUUGUGGUAUCAUGAAUCUAUGCAGGUGAUUCAUGUUUGAUGUUGGGCACAGUCGAUUGUUAUGGUCAACUCAUUGUAUCAGGAUUAGAUGCGACCGAUGCAGGUCCUUUUUUCCAUUUUAUUUCUUAAGGCUGUUUUCGUAUUCAUUCCCAGUCUCUUGGUGGAGCGAUAUUUUUUGUUAUUGCCAGAUAUUCUUAGUAUUCUUGAUCCAACUACCAUAUUUUAAUUGUAUAUGGUUCUGAAUUUUCAGACAUCAAUAGACGUUCAUACUCGAUAUCGCCUCGAGGUUAUGGUGUAGGGGAGGGUAGUUGGGCAGGCGUCUGUUUCAGUCCCAGUAACUCAUCCACGGUACUGUCUCCAUUUCCCCAUCAGGACCUUGGAUAUGUAUGCUGCAUUUGGUGGCCAAGAACAUGUGAUUCAGAUGUGAAAUCUUUGUCUCCUCUAAUGUCUGAACCAGACUUUGACUAUGCGGCAUAUGCUCUGACUGAUCUGCUGCUUUUUUUUUCAUUUUUUUUUGUCUUUAAUGACCCGGAUAAGCUGUUAAAUGACAAUUUCUUGGAGUCUCUGGACAGGGAUUGACAGAUAGGACGAAGUAGAAGUAGUUUCUCAGUGCUAAUAAUCAAAUAAUAAUUGGACAUAAUCGGUUGACAGAUUAAAGUUUGUAAAGAAUAAUAAUCGAUUUUUUUUCUUGUUAUUCUGCCCAAUGAAGUGAGUUUCCCUUCUGUGAGUUUGACUUUGCAGCUGCUGACGUCCUGAGAUUCCCAAGUUUUCUUUCUCACUUCAUUUCUCCCUCGAUGUUUCCUCAGUUGACGAGCAGAGCUGACUUUAAGCUCGCUGGUCUUUGAAUGCACCGUGGGACUUGAUUUGACUCUUGCUGUUGACUCUUUUCAGGUUGCCAUCGUCCAUAGUUUCUGCAAAAGUAUUGACAUUUAUGAUCAGGACAUCCAUCUUCAAAGUUUUCAGACGUGAGUAGCUGAAAUGCCACCUGGCUCGGAUUUUCCUUGUAAUGGUCUCUGAAACGUUUUUGAUUCUCCUUGCAUCUGUGGCUUCAGGCUAUGGUAUCCAAAUUCUUCAACUUUCUUACAAGGAUCUCUGCUGGGGUGUGGCAGCUCUGUGCUCGCCGUUGCCGAGGGUAGCCAGGCAUGGCCGUUCCGCUGUAUUAUUGACAACUGGCGUCAUUUUUUGAUGUUCGGACAUCAUGUUGUCCCUGAUUUUCCUUCUGGGUUCGAUCCAGCUGACGAUAUGGGACCUGAGAACCGGUGGUGGCUGUGUGCAAAGGGUCUGCGGGUCUGUCGGAGAUCUCAUUUAUGCCAUCAGCUGUUCUCCGUCUGGACAUGUUGCUGUUGGUGGGUCUGAUCGUUGCUUAACCAUCUAUGAUCCCCGCAGGUUGAGUCGAUCAUCCACGCAUAAGUUCUGUUAAUUUUUUCGUCGGAUGUUGCCCUCAAUCUGUUGUUGGACUAUGGAAUCCCUAUUCGGAACACAAAGAUUUUGAUUUUUUAAUUUUUUUUUUCUAAAACCUCUGAGAAGUAGUCCCUCUUUGUUGUGUUCUAACUCCAGAAACUGUUCUAAUGAACUUGGUGCCUGCAUUCUUGAAUGCAGGUGGUCAGCCCUGGCAAGAUGGGCGAGCUGCUCAAAAUAUGAGGUUGCUCUCUUUUUUUUUGGGUCUUGUGUGUGAGGUUUCAUUCGGAGACAGAUCUUGGUGUCUAUGCAAUGAACAGUAACAUCUCUCUCUCUCUCUCUCUCUUCUCUUCUCUUUCUCCACUUCUUGCAGAUAACAGGUCUCUCAUUCUCCUCACUCAACUCGGAUUAUAUGUACGUGCAGGGCGUUGACUAUGAGGUGAUCAUACUCAACUUCUGGUAACUGGGUUUAUUUCUUGCUGAGAUCAGAUAUAUUAUUACCUCAGUAUAGGCGUGCUUGCCCUACGACUAGGUUUUUUUAAAAAAGAUGGUGGGCAUUAAUUGACAUGAACCCUCGCGAAUGCUUGAAUUUUGGCAGGUUUUCUGUGGUCAAUGGAGAGAGAACAAGAAAGUGUUUUCCUUCAGAGGGGACUCGAACUGGCUGGGGUUCAGUAAGGUUAUGUUCUAUCCCCGGAGAUCUGGUCAACCCCGAAUUUUUCGCGGCCACGGGCUUAGUCAAAGGUGCACUCUUUCUUUGGCGGCAGGAUUCGAAACGUGACGUCUUGGCUGGUUGGUGCGACUCUGGAAGCAUCUUCGUGGCUGACGCCGUGGCGGCGAAGCAGCUGGAAAUCUGGUGA